GACUGGCUACCCACUAGCUGGGCCACUUCGCACAGUGGUAUCGAGAGAGCAAGAUUGGAGCAUAAGCAGUGGCAUAUCCGCAUACCCAUCCUCAUGUUCUUGCAUCGAUAAUUAGACUAUCUCUUGACCGGCUGGCUACAUGCCCCUUGAGCCACUCCUAACAGUGGUAUCGAUUAAGCAAAGGCGGAGUCAGAGUCGUGGGCUAGUCUUCGUCAUUGCACAGGCUGGAGGCACGAUAUUUCCUGGUCUGGCUGGCUUGGUCGCCGGAAAAGCUGGCGUAAGCGUGCUACAGCCUAUUCUUAUAGCCCUCAUUGUGGCAAUGGGGAUCAGUUGGGUCAUGAUCCCACGUGUGGAACAGAAGAAAGAGUAGUUUAAGAACGUCGGAUAUACUCAGGUUGCAAAUUGACGUGAACUCUGUCUUAUUUCGGGGGCCCGAAGGCCAAACUAUAUACU